UGAUGUGCUAGUGCACGCUGUGUCUCUUGCAAGUUUUUGCAACACCACAGGAUUCUUUAAGUUUUGGGUAGAAGUUGCUGCUGCUGCUGCUGGUUUAGCAGGUUCUACUUGUCCUCAUUUACCAUCUUUUAAGUUUGCCCCAUCACUGAGUGUCUUAGAGGACGAGCAGUUUGAGGAGAAGAUCCACACUUUUCUGCUGGCCACAUCCUGUUCAAACACAUCACUCUGCUCGUAUAUCCUCCUCUGUCUGUCCUCGCAGCCUGCUUUCAUUCCUUCUUGCUCAACACACUCUUAUUUCAGUCUUCUCCCACAUACACACACCUCCCCUCACCCAUUCUCUUUUUUUUUAUUUUUUAGCUCUGCUCUCCUGCUCUCCUGUUCCCCUUCUCCUUUACCUGUCCCACGCUUUCCUAACCCCUCUGUUCCCCUAAUGGGCACCAUAUCAGACAGCAGUACCACAUUCCCUUCAUUGUCACUGAGAACCUCCCUCCACCCCUAACCGCCUCGCCAACGCCAACAUCAACACGAUCCAAUGGAGACAAAUGAUAUGAUGCUGACGAGCAUGUUGACAAUGGAUAAUAGAGAGAAUGAGGGAGAGAGGGAGAAAGGCAGAGAGGAGGUGGGGGGAGAAGCGGAGGGAACACAGCAGGAACAUAGUAGGCCGAUGCUGGCUGAUGGUCUCGCAGAGAGAGGACCCAAGAGCCUGAUCUCCGGGUCUGGACAGCAGGUGUCCAAUGGCUUCACCACAUCCACUCCUCAAAGCCCCAGGGAGGGAGCGGGGAGCGCAGCUUUUUCUGGAGGUACAUCCUCUGUACCUGGAGGAGGCACCGGGUCCUCAGUGCCACUUGGAGGCCUCAGGACUCUGGUGGUCCAACAAACCAGCUUGGAGAAGCCCAGAGAAACCUGGAGCAAGAAGAUGGACUUCUUGCUCUCUGUGAUCGGCUAUGCUGUGGACCUGGGAAAUGUCUGGCGCUUCCCUUACAUCUGCUACCAAAAUGGAGGAGGUGCCUUUUUGCUGCCCUACCUGUUGAUGGCGGUGUUUGGAGGUGUCCCUCUCUUCUACAUGGAGCUGGCUCUUGGCCAAUUCCACCGCAGUGGCUGCAUCUCCAUCUGGAAACACAUCUGCCCCAUUUUCAAAGGGAUCGGCUUUGCCAUUUGCAUCAUAUCCCUCUACAUAUCCUUCUACUACAACACCAUCAUGGCCUGGGCCUUGUACUAUCUACUGUCAUCGUUCCGACCCACCCUGCCCUGGACCACCUGCGCCAACAGCUGGAACACAGUCAACUGUAAACAUUACAUGUCCACCGAUCACAAUGUGUCGUGGUCCAACUCCUCCACCUCCCCCGCCGAGGAGUUCUAUAUUCGCCAGGUGUUGCAGGUCCACCUCUCCCCAGGUCUGCACCAGCUGGGCUCUGUCAGCUGGCAGCUAGCCCUCUGCCUGCUCUUCAUCUUCACCAUCGUCUACUUCAGCAUCUGGAAAGGAGUCAAGACGUCUGGAAAGGUAGUUUGGGUGACUGCUACCUUUCCCUACCUGGUCCUCCUGGUGUUGCUCAUCCGUGGGGCCACUCUACCAGGGGCCUGGAGGGGCGUGGUUUUCUAUCUCAAACCUGAUUGGGAGAAACUGCUAAGCACCACAGUGUGGAUUGAUGCAGCAGCUCAGAUCUUCUUCUCACUGGGUCCAGGUUUCGGCGUGCUCCUUGCCUUUGCCAGCUACAACCCGUUUCACAACAACUGCUACAAAGAUGCUUUGAUCACCAGCUCUGUGAACUGUCUGACUAGCUUUCUGUCUGGCUUCGUCAUCUUUACCGUGUUGGGCUACAUAGCUGAAAUGAGGCACCUGGAUGUGGAUGCUGUGGCCAAGGAUGCUGGUCCCAGUCUGCUGUUUAUCGUUUAUGCAGAAGCCAUAGCAAAUAUGCCUGGUGCUACUUUCUUCGCCAUCAUCUUCUUCCUCAUGAUCAUUAUGCUGGGUCUGGAUAGCACGUUUGCGGGGUUGGAGGGGGUGAUCACCGCUAUGCUAGAUGAGUUCCCCCAUGUCCUGUCUAAGAGACGAGAGCAGUUUGUCCUAGGCCUGGUGUGCUUUUGCUACCUCGGGGCUCUCUCCACACUCACAUAUGGAGGAGCGUUUGUGGUGAAGCUGUUUGAGGAGUAUGCUACAGGCCCUGCAGUCAUCACUGUGGUUCUGCUUGAAGUCAUCGCUGUUUCCUGGUUCUACGGUACCAACCGUUUCUGUAAUGACAUCCAGCUCAUGCUUGGUUUCUACCCGGGCUUGUUCUGGAGGGUCUGCUGGGUGGCCAUCUGCCCCUGCUUUCUGCUGUUCAUCGUCAUCAGUUUCCUGGCCUUCCCUCCAGAGGUCAAGUUGUUCAAAUACCACUUCCCGCCAUGGACCACUGUCCUCGGCUACUGCAUUGGGGUGUCAUCAUUCAUCUGUGUGCCUGCUUAUAUGGUCUACCACUUGCUCAAUGCCAAGGGAACAUUCAAACAGCGUCUCUUGAAGAGUAUCACUCCGGAGCCCAGCGGUGAACAACACAGAGACUUCAUUGUCACCAAUGCAGUCUGACCAAACCCUGACCAAAAGAAGGUGCCAGUCUAGCAACAUACAGUGCCCUUUUCUGGACAAACUGCAAAACCACAGGACAAGGGGGCUACCUAUCACCGCCUUUGCCUCUUUUUCAUACAUCUCCUACACUUGUUUUUUAGCUGUCUGACACCAAGAUCUAGAAAUAGUGGUGGAGUUCGGUGGAGUCAGGCUGCAGUAGAUUUAUUUAGCCCUGUUUGGUGUGGUUCCUUAUGCUGGUUCAGUUUUUAAGGAGUUAUCCUGUAUCUUUAGCAUUAACAUCCUCUCUCUAUUUGUCUACUCACAGGUGUCACCUAAGGCAUUUAGUGACCAACUUUUCUUCAGGUUAUACAGUUGUAACAAAUAUUUUAUACAAUUAUAGAAAGUAUGAUACAAUAUCUGUCCAUGUAGACAGUAAACUGGAGAUACUGCACAUUGAAAUCAGUUGGAGAAGGCCAAAAAAAUAUACAUUCCAAUCCUCUCUCAGUCUUUAUGGUUGCAUUUUCCUAUUAUGCUGUUAAGUUAUGCAUUCCAAUAUGUAGCAAAAUUCAGGUUAUCUGUUACUAAAGCCAAAUAUAUGAUAUCUGCUCUGUUCAUAUUUCUAAAGAUGUUUUAGUAUUGUAGCUGUCAUUAUGUUGUGUUGACUAUCAGCCUAUGACUAUAUGUUUGCAUCUUGGGUGAGCGACGGAUUUGCAAUGAAUUCCCUACACUGUGAAGCACACUCUGGUGUCUGGUAGUGAGUGUGUGUGUGUGUGUGUGUGUGUGUGUGUGUGUGUGUGUGUGUGUGUGUGUGUGUGUGUGUGUGUGUGUGUUUUAAAAAAAAAAAGACUGUUAUAAUGUCCAGUGGGGACCAACCAAGUGUAUUCAUUCUAUAACUGCAAUAUAAAAUGUGUAUUUAUUUUAUAAUGUAUCAUUGCUGUCCUUAUGACCUCCCACACUUUUAGUAUGACAAACAUUACAUGUGACAUCACAUGACAUAGUGCUGAUGGUCCUUGUUUAAUCACAGUGACAUUCUGCACUCUGUUAUCAUACUGCUCAACUGUCAUUAUAGAAACCAAAUAUGGAUCACAGCUAAUAACAUUAUUAAUGGCAUUGUCUGAAAAUCAUCGUUACUGCUCUUUACUUUCUACCAAAACAUUGUGUGUUUGUGUGUGUAUGCACAUGUGACUGUGUGUGUGUGUGUGUGUGUGUGUGUGUGUGUGUGUGUGUGUAUUUCUGAGAGUGUAUGGUAGGAGUAGGAGUUAGAAUAUGGCGAGUACUGUACAUUUACAUGUGUAUUUACUAGUCAGUCUGGUAUUGGUGUAAUCUAUCCUGUGAAUACCUCGCUCCUCUCUCCAUGGAUAUGUGUGUGUGUGUGUGUGUGUGUGUGUGUGAGCACCUGGAUUAGUGUGUUGGUGCACAUAUGGGUGGUUGUGUAAAAAGGAUUAGAGGUGUUCAGGCCCUUUACUUAUGUGUGCAUGCCGUGAUGUAUGUGUAUACUGUACUUCAAGUGUGUGUGUGUGUGUGUGUGUGUGUGUGUGUGUGUGUGUGUGUGUGUGUGUGUGUAUAUGUAUGAAUGUGUGUGUCUGUAAUGUGAUGUCAUGUCUUGUUAACUGCCAAAAUAUCCAAUGAAGGAAGUAAACUCCCUCUUGCCUCUCUGUCGUACAUCUCUAGCUUAUGUAAGUUAUAUGUAUGUCAAUAAAAGACUGUAUUGAAAAAUACACCUGUAUAGAAUAAAUAUGUAUAAAUAUAUGGGAAAAAAUUA